AUGCAUGUUCCCGAGGUCGCUACUCCCACUAAUCCUGUUGCUACUGCUCCUCCUCAUAACCCUCUUCCUCCCGCUAACCCUGCUAACCUUGCUGCUGCUACUCCUGCUGCUGACGCUGACAGUGUUCCUAUGGCAGCACAAGGGGCGGCACAAGGGACAGGGGCGGCACCAGGAGCGGCAGCAGCAGCAGCAGCAGCAGCAGCAGCCGAGAGCAGCGAUGCCACCACCAGUAGCGGUACUGACAGCAGCAUUGCCCCUGAUAGUGCCGAUAGCGCCACAGCAGCUCAUCCCACCACCCAAUCAGGCAACACCCAUCCAGACAUCAUCCCAGUGGUGCAAUUCGAGACGUCUCAAAAAACAGGCAACACCCACCCAGGUCUGAUCCCAGUGGUGCAGUUCCUGCGGGGGGAGGCAGGGUGUUUCCGGGGGAGGUACAUGCAGGUCUCUCUUCGCCAAGCCCUGCUGCACAACACGUGGGUCAUUCUCAUUGGCCCUCGCGCGUGCCGGGAAGAAAUGACCGAACUCGGCAUUGAGUUAGAAGCAUACGAGGACUACGAGGAGUCCGCGCAUAUAGAGGAGCAGCUUGUAAUGGGGAUAGGGGCGCGGGCACGUGUCUCUCUGGUCAACGGAAGCUCUGGCGGAUUUCCUCGCAUUCUUUGUGCUCUUUUUCCAGGUCGCGGUGAAGGGAGGAACCCCGGGGGACCCUCCCUGCCAGAUCGACAGCGCACAUACAACGACAUGAUUCAGCUGGGGUGGUAUGCCAUCCCUACCUGCUGGACCUCCCCUCCUGACCAAGCGCCCGCAACGUCCUACCUGCUGGACUUCCCCUCCAGACCAAGCGCCCGCAACGUGCAAGGACAAGGAGAAAUCCGCCCCGUACCCACGCCUGUAUGGCAAGUCCCGUGCAAGGACAAGGAGAAUUCCACCCAGGACCCGCGCCUGUACGGCAAGUUCCGUGCAAGGACAAGGAGAAGUCAGCCCAGUAUCCACUACUCCCCACCCUUGUCCUUCCCUCCUGCCCCCAACGUCUAUCUACCCCCAUGGCAGUGCAAGGACAAGGAGAAGUCAGGCCAGUACCCGCGCAUGCACGGCAAGUUCAAGCCGGCCUUCAAGGCGGAGUCGCUGUGUGCGCCCAGGCAGUGCGAGGCGAGUGCUUGGAGCGAUGCCGGGUGGUGUGCCUUCGACAACAACUUCUCAGUUGUGAUUGUACUCGCUAUAGUGUUCCUCCUUUUCGCGGACGUGACUUUGAUCGGCCUCUUGAAGCGUCCAGGCCACUCAGCCUAUGGAGACCCGUCUGCCUUCCAUUCCACGUCAGCAGCCAACGUGUCGGUCAUAUCGGAUGUUCUGCAGCAGGAGGAGAUGCGGCAGCAGCACCUGCGGGCGGCUGCACCAGGAGCUGAGAGCAGCGAUGCCACCACCAGUAGCGGUACUGACAGCAGCAUUGCCACUAUCACCACAGCAACUCGUGCCCCCACCCAAUCAGGCAAAACCCACCCGGGCAUCAUCCCAGUGGUGCAGUUCCUACGUGGGGAGGCAGGCUGCAACCGGGGGAGGUACAUGCAGGUCUCUCUUCGCCAAGCCCUGCUGCACAACACGUGGGUCAUUCUCAUUGGCCCUCGCGCGUGCCGGGAAGAAAUGUCCGAACUAGGCAUCGAGCUAGAAGCAUAUGAAGAUUAUGAAGAGGCUGCGCAUAUAGAGGAGCAGCUUGUAGAGGGGAUAGGGAAGGUGAAGGCGUAUCAUAUCCGCUGGUUCUUCCUACACGAGAUGAUGGUCCGAAGGAACAUUCCCCGGGUGUUUUACACCGACUGUGACGUGCUUCUAUUCGUUAAUGUCACGCAGUUCGUACAGUCACACCUGCCGGAAUCAAAGCUUGCUCUCUGCGUGCGGUCCAAAAGUGUGCGCAUCAAUGCAACCAGCGGCCACGUGUCUCUCUGGUCAACGGAAGCUCUGGCGGAUUUCCUCGCCUUCUUCGUGCUCUUCUUCCAGACAAGGCUUGCACUGGGCAUGCGGUCCAACAGUGUGCGCGUCAGGGCAGUGAGCGGGCACGUGUCCCUCUGGUCAACGGAAGCUCUGCCGGACUUUCUGGCCUUCUUCGUGCUCUUCUUCCAGGCGAGUGUCAGCUCACUGCAUCCUUGCGCACCUACCAUUGCCACUGCCUACCAUGCGGUCAAACAGUGUGCGCGUCAGGGCAGUGAGCGGGCACGUGUCCCUCUGGUCAACGGAAUCUCUGGCGGAUUUCCUCGCAUUCUUCGUGCUCUUCUUCCAGCACUGCAGUUGGAAUGGGUGCUUCAUCUCACCUCUCACUCAUUCCCUCCUGCUCAUUCCCUCCCUCUCCUGCUCUCAUUCUCCUGCUUUACAGGUGGCGGUGAAAGGAGGAACCCCGGGGGACCCCUCGCUCCCAUCUCAGCAGCGCACAUACAACGACAUGAUUCAGCUGGGGUGGGUGCUUUUUCUCCCCUCUCACUCAUUUCCUCCUGCUCCUCCCUCUCCUGCUAUCAUUCCCCCUCCUUACAGAUGGCGGUGAAGGGAGGAACCCCAGGAGACCCCUCGCUGCCCGCUCAGCAUACAUACAACGACAUGAUGCAGCUGGGAGUUGCUUCAUCUCAUUCCCUUGUCUCAUCACAUUGCGCCCCCCUCUUUCCCUCUCUACAGGUGGCGGUGAAGGGAGGAACCCCAGGCGACCCCUCGCUGCCCGCUCAGCAUACAUACAACGACAUGGUGCAGCUGGGAGUUGUUUCAUUUCAUUCCCUUGUCUCAUCACAUUGCGCCCCCCUCUUUCCCUCUCUACAGGUGGCGGUGAAGGGAGGAACCCCGGGCGACCCCUCCCUGCCGGCUCAGCAGCGCACAUACAACGACAUGGAGUUGUUUCAUCUCAUUCUCUUGUCUCAUUGCAACCCCUUUCUUUCUCUCGUUACAGGUGGCGGUAAAGGGAGGGACCCAAGGAGACCCCUCCCUGCCAGAUCGGCAGCGCACAUACAACGACAUGAUUCAGCUGGGGUGGGUGCUUCAUCUCCCCUCUCACUCAUUCCCUCCUACUUUACAGGCGGCGGUGAAGGGAGGAACCCCGGGGGACCCCUCCCUGCCAGAUCGGCAGCGCACAUACAACGACAUGAUUCAGCUGGGGUGGUACGCCAUCCCUACCUGCUGGACUUCCCCUCCAGACCAAGCGCCCAAAGCGCCCUACCUGCUGGACUUCCCCUCCAGACCAAGCGCCCGCAACGGUAA